AUGGAAGAAAGAAGAGCACGAGUUUGGACCCGCUUACAAGUAAGAUUGGCAGAGGAAGAAACCCGUAAUCGUUUGGCGGAAGUUGAAAACCAGAUGAAUCAGAUGGCUGCCAUGAUGGCAGAAAUGAAAGCUUUAAUAAUUACUGCAAGGGGUUCAUAUCCUACGAUCCCCAAUAUCGGUGCCCCAAAUGCUGGAGAAACAUCUCACGAGGAACAAAAUAGAAAUAAAGAGCCAAUUCAAGAAAACCCUCCAAAAGCCAAACCCGAAGUGGUAAAUUUAGAGGAGGAAGAUACAUCAAAGAAGACUUCUUAUAAACCCAAAGAUGAAGAGGGAGCCAAAAGAUUAGCUAAAAUUGAAGAGUGCCUCACAAGUCAAGGCUAUGAGCUAUGGAGAUUUGACAAGUUCUCACCAUAUGCUAAAGUGGUGGUUCUAGAGAACUACAAAGAGCUCGAAUUUGUGAGCAAGUAUGGUGGAAGCGGUUGCCCGAAGAGUCACCUAAAAUACUACCUCCGCAAGAUGGCAAGAUAUUCUGACAACACACCCCUUCUUAUCACUACAUUCCAAGAUAGUUUGAGAGGGUCGGCUUUAGCAUGGUACACUACCCUUGAUAUCAAGGACUUUACCAAAUGA